AUGCUAAGUCCGCGACGAGAGCGAAGGGAGAGAGGAAGCAUUGAAUGCCCUUCUGAUGUAAACAAUAUCGAAGAUCCCCAGGAGACCGAGCAAGAAACGAUGGGAGAUAAGACAAGGGGAAACACGGGGAGUGAUGAUGUAGAGGAUGAUGACCUUGAAUACACCACCGACAGUGACUGCGACUUGGAGAACGACUGCUGCGCGGAUGGUGGUGAAUACGGCAAAAUUCUCAUGAAAUUCGACAAUCCGGAGAAGUAUGCUGCUUUGUGCAAGCUCGUCGACGAACAAGAAUGUGGUCAAAAAACGAUGGGAGAUAAGAAAAGGGGAAACACAGGGAGUGAUGAUGUAGAGGAUGAUGACCUUGAAUACACCACCGACAGCGACAGCGAUGAUGACGAAAGUGAAUACGGCAAAAUUCUCAUGAAAUUCGACGAUCCGGAGAAGUAUGCUGCUUUCUGCAAGUUCGUCGACGAAACCAAGGCUUUUGAUCUCACCUGUUUUCCUCAUAGUUGGGUGGGCUGUGGCGGUAGUAUCAUUCCAAAGUUGUUGUGCAAAGAAUAUAACGAGGACACCUAUAAUAAAAUGAUGGGUUUUGCACUUCUCGCACUCAAUAGUAUCAAUGACCAAACUGCGUACUCCAAGACUGCUGCCACCACCAAUGGAAGAACUUACAAGUUCGUGAGUUUAAACAAGGCUGCUAUUGUUAUACCCUCUGUGGUUGUGGCCAUGACUGUUGAGGAGAUUGUCCCUGAUGGUUCCACUGAUGAUGCUCCCAAAACAGAAACUAUUGUGGCGAAUGUGUUUCCUUUUUAUAAUUCUAAAGAGGGGCAAAAAGUUACAGAUUGGAUGUUCUAUCAGGUCUCAGGUUCUACUGACGUCAAUGACACCCGUAUCUUUACCCCGCAGAUAUAUGAGAAAAAGAAGAAGAAGAGAGAUGGAAAAAGGCAGAACACACAGAGUCAGAGUAUCAUGGAGAUGGAACACCAGAAAAGGAUUAGAGAUAAGAAAAGGGGGAAGACGGAGGUUGAUAUGGAGGAUGACGACCUUGAAUACACCACCGACAGCGACAGUGACCGCGAGUGGAACAUCAAUAUUGAACCCGGCAUAGUUCGCUUGAGUUUCAGCUCUCCAGAAGCACAUGCUGCUUACUCCAAGCUUGUCGACAAGACCAAGGCUUUUGAUCUCACCUGUUUUCCUCAUAGUUGGGUGGUGGGCACUGGGGGACAUAUCUUUCCAGAGUUGUUGUGCAAAGAAUAUGACGAGGCCACCUAUAAUAGAAUGAUGACUUCUGCACUUUCCGCCCUCAAAAGUAUCAAUGACCAGACUGCCUACUCCAAGACUGCUGCCACCACCAAUGGCAGAACAUACAAGUUAGUGGGUAUAAACAAGGCUGUCGUUGAUUCACCCAAUGUUGUUGUUGUGUCCAUGACUGUUGAGGAGAUUGGUUCCACUGUUGAUGCUCCCAGAACAGAAACUAUUGUGGCACAAGUGUAUCCUGAUUAUCCUGCUGCUAAGGAUAAAAAAGUGUUAGAUUGGAUGUUUUAUCAGGGCUCGAGUAAAGAUGAGAUGACUGACAAAAAUGACACCCGUAUCUUUGUCCUGGCCCCCUAUGAGGAGAAGAAGAAAAAGAAGAGUAGACAUGAAAAAAGGCAGAACACACAGAGUUGGAGUAGCACGGAGAUGGGACAUAUCGAAUACAGUGACGACGACGACGAAAUGUGUUGAUGUUAAGUCCUGUCUGUAGCUUGGGAUUAUUACUUAUUUGCUUUGGUUUAUUUUAUGUAGAUUUUUAGUUAUUUGUUUAACGUAUGUGGUGAGUCGUAGCUUGGUUGUGUUACAGACUUAUAGUGUUGGUAACUUGUGGAAUUUUUCCAUCUAAUUUUAUUAGAGUUUUCUCUAAUCUAUUUACAUUAAUUUUAUUAACGCUUUCUAGGAUUUUAUAAAGGUUUGCAGCGAUAUCAAUCGUUUUUACAAAUAAGGUAUCGAGAAAAUAAGUAUUUCUA